CAGUUUCGUAAUUACAAAGUGGUGUAUAGGAGGUAUGCUGGAUUGUUCUUUUGCGUAUGUGUGGAUGCAAACGACAACGAGCUGGCAUACCUAGAAGCGAUUCAUCUCUUCGUCGAGGUUCUAGAUACUUUCUUCGGCAACGUGUGCGAGCUGGACCUCGUCUUCAACUUCUACAAGGUCUAUGCGAUCCUGGACGAGAUCUUCCUGGCGGGCGAGAUCGAAGAGACCAGCAAGCACGUCGUGCUAGCGAGGUUAGAUCAGCGUAAGUCACUUGUUGCCCGGGAUCCUGAUUCUGCGGAUUGCGCAGCAGGUGCUCAGGCUGAUUAG